AAUCUCCUCUCUGUUUUUUUUCUCCUCAAUUUUCCCAUAAAGAAAAUAUUUCAAUAGUUAUUUUCUCACACUUGAAUUCACCAAAAACAAUAAGAUGCCUGAGGGAGAGAAUUCUUCUGUGGGAGUUCGUGAACCCAGAUUAGUCGUGAGAAAAUUCUUGGCUAGACAGCAGCAUGAAGGAGUUGGAGCCAUUGUCAGAAGAAGCAUAGGAAGGUUUGAGCUGAGAUACUUUGAUCCUUUUCUGGUUCUGGAUGAAUUUUCAGUAACUGCUCCUGCUGGAUUUCCUGAUCAUCCACACAGAGGGUUUGAAACAGUCACCUACAUGUUACAGGGAGCUGUUACACAUGAAGAUUUUGAAGGGCAUAAAGGAACCAUAGGAGCUGGAGAUCUGCAAUGGAUGACUGCAGGAAGAGGAAUUGUUCAUUCAGAAAUGCCUGCAAGUCAGGGAACCCAAAAGGGUUUGCAAUUGUGGAUCAAUCUCCCCUCAAAGUACAAAAUGAUUGAACCAAGAUAUCAAGAAAUGUUAAGUAAAGAUAUUGUAAAAGUUACAAGAGACGGAAUUAGUGUUAGGGUAAUAGCAGGAGAAGCCCUAGGGGCUAAGUCACUAAUCUAUACUAGAACACCAACCAUGUAUUUGGAUUUCACUCUCGACCCAGGAGCUAAGCUCCGACAACCAAUACCAAGAUCAUGGAAUGCCUUUGUUUAUGUCUUAGAAGGCGAUGGUGUGUUUGGCAACUCAAAAUCUUCGUCUGUUUCAGCUCAUCACCUUUUAUUAUUAGGAUCUGGGAAUAUGUUGAAGGUAUGGAACAAAUCAACAUCUAAACCCGUGAGAUUUAUUUUGGUUGGGGGUGAGCCAUUGGGUGAGCCAAUAGUGCAAUUUGGUCCAUUUGUGAUGAACACACAGGAAGAAAUUGAUCAGACUAUUGAAGAUUUUGAGAAUUUUACUAAUGGAUUUGAGAAAGCAAGACAAUGGAGAUCUCAAGCUGCACUCCGCUUAGAUUUUUAGUUAUUUUUUAAGUGAUAUUAGAAUUUAAUUUUUUUUAAAAAAAUAAAGAAUAAAAUAUUUUGAUUAUUAUGUAAAUUAAUUACUAUUUAUAGUAAUUAAUUAAGUUAGAUAUAUGGAUAUUCCAGUGUUACAUUCAUUUAUAUUAGUUUGAAUAGGAAAA